AGUUCAAACACGACAAAGACGACGGCUUUAUGGUCUUGGCCAAGUACAUACGCGUGUUCGGCAAACUGCUCCGGUUGUGACCAAGGAAGGAGGAGGAGAGAAGAAGACGGUGACGAUGCAGUUUCUGUUGCCGGAGAUGUACAAGAAGGCGGAGGAUGCACCGCGUCCGACGGAUGAGAGAGUAGUGAUUAAGGCGGCAGGAGGGAGAAAUUACGGUGUGGUUAUGUUCAGUCAUAUGGUGUUGUUUAUUUGGAUACAGUUGGGAAAAAAUCAUGGAAGUUGUUGAGAUCAAGCAACCAUCUGGUUGAAGAAAAUAAAAAUCCACUGAGUUUUUAAACGUUGGUAACCAAAUGUUUGUUCUUUUCAAAAAUCUUCUCCAUAUAUUACGUUCAUUAGUUACUAAACAGAUUUUGUUACCUAGAUUCUCUGAAUAUCAAUGAUUUUAUAUUUUUAAAUCGUUUGUUUCUUAUCUCGUAGAUAUCAAGAAGUUUCUCUAUAUAAACUGUUUACAGCAACUAGCGUAAAGAAAAAUCACUCUGCAAACUGAAGUAAGUUGUUUUGUGUAUCUUAAUGGACAAAAACAAUUCAAUAUUCAUAUGUUGUUUUUUUAAGACUUACACAUCACUUUCGUUAAUAUUUUGCAGGUGUCUUACUAUUAGCAAGUAUCUGACUGUUCCGUACGAUCGCCCUAUCGCCAUUAUGGAUAACAUGUAAGUUAUUGUUUUCAGUACUGCAAUUCCUUUCUCAAUUUUGUGAACUUUAUAUAUUUGUUUCGUUUCAUAGAUUAUCUAGAGUUCUUUGGUUGUAAAAUAUUAAUGUGUGAUUGUUUCAAGACACGUCUUGGAUAUAUUAUAGCUUUGACUUGAUUAGUUGUAUGAAAAAAGAAACGUAUUGAUCUAACUCAAAUGGUAUUGACACGUCUUUGGAGAAUUUCUUUUAUCUUUUGGCCUUAUCUCAAAUAGUCUUCCACGUUAACAUAUGUAAAAAAAUUAAUUAUAUAAUAGAAUUUCUAUAAAUAAAUAUAAUGUAAUAAUAUAUAUUGAAAUAUUUAUAAACUAUAAACAUAAUAUAAUGUCAUUUGACUAGAAAUUUGACGGAAGAUUCACAACAAGAAAAGACGAAAGGUGCAUAUGAAUUUUGGAACAUUCGAGAAACGACAGUGUUGAUUCGACUUCUCGUUGACGGUAUUAAUCAAGGGUGGCGCGACAAAAAUGGGAGCAUGAGCAAAAUGACUGUGGAAAAAAAGAUUCUACCGAUUUUGAAUGCCACAGUUGGCUGCCAAAAAACUCAUAAGCAUUAUUUAAGUAAAAUGAAGAGUUUAAAGAAGCUCUAUAAUAGUAUGCAAGACCUUAUCCGAUUCAGUUCUGGAUUUGGAUGGGAUCCCAUAUCUAAAAAGUUUACAGCUCCUAACCACGUGUGGGAUGAUUACGAAAAGGCACAUCCAACUAAGAAGAGUCUGCGAGACGAAACUUUGGAAGAUUAUGAAGACUUACAGCUAAUAUUUGAGCAAGGAUUAGCUACCGGAAAAAAUGCUAUUGGUUUAGGGGACGAUACCGAUGCACCAACUUUUGGAGCUAAAGAUGAUGAGCCGUUUGAAUUAGAUCCUAGAUCUUUUGGAUAUGCUGAGAAAGAAGGAUCUCAAGCAUCAGGGUUUUUGAAUUCAACUUUGCCAAGAAGCAGAAAAGGCCCAUCAGAGAAGCAACCCCUUAAAAAGAGAGCUAAAGGUGUCGAAGGUGGAGAAUCCAGUAACUCAAACAUGGAUGGUAGCCAUAUGGAGAAGUCUUUUAAAGAAAUGAUUGAGAUAAGCAAUCAGGUUGUUAGUUUGAUUCAACAAAGAGAAGAAAGACAACAAAGAGAAGCCAACUUGAGAGAAGUGGAGAAAAACAAGAAUAAUAUCUGGGAAGCAAUCAAAGAAAUUUCUGGCUUGGAGGAAGAUGUUCAGUAUGAUACUUUGAACGAGCUUCACAAGUGGGGGAUGAAAGACGUGUUCAUCAACAUGUCUGUUGAAGAACGUAUGGGGUGGAUACGAAGGAACGUUAAAUGAUGCUUUGUUUUCUAAAUUGCUUAGUUUCUAAUGUUUUUUCUUUCAAUAAUAGCAUGUUUCUUGAUUUAAUUAUAAUAAAAUUUAUUUUUAUUGCA